AGAGCCUUCAUCGCUACAAGUCUGGAUGGGUUCAUCAUCCGCCUUGAUGGAGACAUAGAGUGGUUGACGCACACUCCUCACAACGACCGCCACGUUCCACCGACUGGCAGUCAUUCAGCGGCCGCUGAAUACGAGCAGCAUCUGGCGUCUGUCGACCACAUCAUCCUUGGAAGAAAGACUUUCGAGACCGCUGUAUCCUUUCCGGAAUGGCCAUAUCCGGAUCAUGAAGUUCUCGUACUGAGCAGAGCAGUGACCAUCUCAGAUCCCCGCGUCACUGUGGUCAGGUCAAUCGAUGCUGCGUUGGCAAAGUUGGAUGAGGCAGGUGCCAAGGGCGUGUAUGUUGACGGCGGGAACGUGAUCCAACAGUUCUUGAUCCGAGGUCUGAUUGAUGAAAUUACCAUCACUCGAGCUCCGGUGCUUUUGGGGAGAGGAAUAUCUUUGUUUGGAGACAUUGGGAGUGGGAUCAAACUGACUCUCCUCGAGUCUUUCGUCAUUGAUCAUGGAAUGGUCAUGUCUCGAUACAAGGUCGACAAUCUUUGA